AUGGACGUAGACUUAGAAAAUUGUGAAAAAACGCUUGAUUUUUUAAUUGAUGAAGUUGACGACGUUACUUUAUCACAGAUCUGUGCAGAUAUGGAAACGGAAUACCAUGUGUUUGAAGGCAUCCAAAAUCUAAGUUUUUCUGAAAACUUUAAUUUCGAUGAAAAUGAAGGCCUUGGAGAAAGCGGUUCAAAUUUAAUGGAGUUCGAUAUCGGGGAUUUAUCUUCUUUAAUGGAAACCGAAUGUGAAGUUAAGAAAGAACUGAAAGAGAGCACCAGGUUUGGGCCAGUCGUCAAUGAUGAUGAAUUGAAAUGCCUCGUUGAAAAUCAGGAAAACAAAAAUACUAAAAGUAAUACAAAAUGGGCCGUUAAAGUUUUCGAAAGUUGGCGCGAGCAGAGAGCGGGGGACAUUAUCGAGCUUCACUUAAUGGAUACGAAAUCGAUGAACCAUUGGCUAGAGCGUUUUAUUGUGGAAGCGCGGAAGAAAGACGGGAGUGAAUACCCUCCAAAAACGCUGUAUCUCAUUUUAUGUGGACUUUUGAGGCAUUUAAGACAAAAAGGUGUCUACGAUAAAAAUUUUCUAGACGAGAAAGAAAUAGCUUUUGUCGGACUAAGAAAAGUUUUAGACGCAAAGAUGAAAUCACUCGUUGAUAGAGGCCUGGGUGCGAGAUCCGGGCAAGCUGACCCCAUAUGGCCCAAAGAUGAGGAGAAAUUGUGGCAAGAAAAUGUUUUUGGGAAAGAAAACAGUGAACAAUUACAACACACGAUGUUUUUUUAUUCAUGUAAAUUGUUCGGUUUGAGGGCCUGUGAUGAGCACCACAAACUGCAAUGCGAACAAUUUUCUAUUGGAAACGAUAUCCAUGGACAGUUUAUUCAAUUUGUUGGUAGAGCAUCAAAAACCUACAAAGGCGGAUUUGGGCAGAUGAAUUUACAGACAAAGAACCUGAAGCAUUACUGUGAGCCUGGUAAGUAA